UGGCUGUUAAAAUCUGCAAUCCUGAUUACGACGAGCAUUUCUGACAGACACACCGCCGACAACUUGGCUGAGAAGCUGAAUUAUAUAGUGGAGACUUGGGGACUUUCCGGCCGCGUUAUAGCAUGUGUCCACGACAAUGCUAGGAAUAUUGUCCAAGCGAACAAUCCUACACGAGUCAGCUGGAAAUCAGUAGCGUGUUUCGCGCACACCCUGAAUCUCGCUGUAAAUGAUGGUUUUGCUUCUGCUGGGGUAGACAGAGCAAUUGCGGCAGCGGGAAGGUUGGUCAAACAUUUCCACCACAGCACAAUCGCAACCAAAGCCCUGGAAGAAAAGCAACACCAAAUGUCGCUUCCUCCGCAUCGCCUCAUUCAAUCCUGUAAAACCAGGUGGAAUUCAGUCUGCGACAUGUUUGAGCGCCUGGUUGAACAGCGAUGGGCUGUGUCAGCCGUGCUAUCAGACCGAUCCGUGACAAAACUGGCAGAUGCGAGGACGCUGGAGUUGAGAGACGACUACUGGCAGCUAAUGGAAGAUAUGGCACCCGUGUUGGGAACAUUGAAGUGUGCAACUACGGUGAUGUCUGCGGAGUCGGAGGUGUCAAUCUCAAACACGUACCCCAUCACGUUCAGUCUAAUCAACACUCACCUCAGCGCUUCAGACGAGGACAGCCCCAAAGUCGCAGACUUCAAGGAAAAAGUGCGAGAUUCGCUGGGCGAGCGCAUGAAGAUUCAGUCUGAUGACCUCAACACAUCCACCCCUAUGAUCGCAACAAUGCUUGACCCUCGUCACAAACACCUGGGAUUUCUUCCUCCAGCUACCAGGAAGUCAGCUCAUUCCAUGCUGCUUCAAAUGGCUACAGCCGAACGCGACAGCAUCACUGCAGGUGCCGCCACCGCUGGAGACGACGGUAACACUGUCCAUACAGGGCCUCAGCGACAUGGGGCUAAGCCUACAUCUGCUAUGAGUUUACUUCUGGGUGAAACCUAUUCCGAUGCCCGCAAAGAUGACGUGGAGAGUGAAGUGGAUAUGUACUUAAAGGACCCUCCUGCACCACUUGAGUCGAGCCCCAUGUGCUGGUGGAAAGUGAAUGAAAGGAGGUUUCCGACACUGGCAACACUAGCAAAACGGUAUUUGUGUACGCCAGGCACAUCAGUCCCCUCUGAGCGUGUGUUUUCAGUAGCUGGGCUCACUGUAAACAGGCUACGUACACGCCUUACCCCAGAGCACGUUAACAUGCUAAUUUUCUUGAACAAAAAUAUAUAGAACCUAGGCCUAGGUCAAGUUGUGAUGUUCCACAUUUCAGUUAGGAGAGGGUAAUAUUGAAUCACCACUUUAUUUGAUUGUUCUGGUUUGAGGCCCUGUAAUGUUAUGCUAUGUUGUUGUGUUCAGUGACCCUGUGAACGUUUCAUUCUGUUUUGCUGUAACCCUAUACAAACUGAGGUAGAAAUAUGUUGUGGAUGUUUCAUUUUAGGAUUGUUGAGGAUUACCCAAUUAAUAGCCUAUGCAGUUUCUUUCUAACCUAUAGGCUCAAUAAUAUUCUGUUUGGCUCUCUAUUUAAUUUCUUCUAUUCUCUUUUUAUGUCUGUUUCAAAUGCAAGAACUGAGCCAGGUUUUUUUUAAAUUAAAGAUUUUGUUUUACCUUA